AUGGCUAAAAGGCAUAGCCAUUAUAAAGCGAGAGGUACCGGAAGAGGAUCUAGAGGCCGCAACUCUGGUGGUAAGCCAAAAGGCGCGGCCAAAAAGUCUCACAAGCGAGUAAAUAAUGCCAAUCACACACCCGUGGGUGGUGGCGACCUCAGCAAUAUUGAUAUGAUGGACGACUAUUACUUCGGGCACAACUAUAGAGGGGACUCCAUGCGUAUGGGAGGCUUCAGACCAGGAAGGCAGCAAGAGGACGAUACAAGGGAUGGGCAGCGCAAUUUGCCCCUCCGCAAACGACCAGUAGAGUUUAUCAAAGCAAAGGAUGUGUUCGACCCUUCACACGACCUCAUUCUGAGGUUGAGAGAAGCAAAUAAGAAGCGUCAGCAGCAAUGUUCGGAAGAAUCCUUAGGUACUCAACCCUCAGAUAGCUCUGAACUGACAACCAACACCCGCGAUGUCUCUGGUACAGGCUCGAGCAAAAGUGUUGAAGAAGAUAAAACUCCAGGCCAAGGUGCUGAGAAACUGAAAAACGUUGGGGCUACGCGCACUAUAAGCGUUGAAAAACUACCGGAUGAAGAGCUUUACUUUGUGGACGACGAGCCCAGCGCCCCUGUGGAGCCUAUCCCCGUGCACAUUGAGUCCGAACCUACAAGACGUUUUAACGAGCAACAGACAAAGGCUACAGAAUUUGAACCGGUCCUUACGAUCGGCAAGACACUUCUGAAUCUUAAUGAAGACAACGAUGGCACUGUUUCAGUGCAAUUACCAAAAUGGAAAUCGCAUCCUUUCCAACCGAGAGAAAGCGAGGAAAGUGAACUGAGCAGUGAAGAGGCCGUGGAGGUUGAGUGGGAGUCUGAGGAUGAGUCCGAGGAUGUACCGGUCGUUGAACUUGAAAGCGACUUUGACGACAGAUCAGAUUUUGGCUCCGAGUAUGAAGUCGAUGAUGGCGCUGAAUUAGCCUCGAACUCUAACUCUACCCGCUCGCGCCCAUCACCUCUGCUUUCUAAUGAUAUCAAGUCAUUGAGUAUCGAAGACUCUGAUAGGCAAAUACCUGGCGCAGUUCAGAACACUUUGAAGGAACAAACAGAUGCAGGUCCAGAAUUUGGCUUUCUAGAGGAGGAUUUCGCAGUUAAUAUCUCCGAAGUCAAUGUCACAAAUAUAAGAAUUGGUGCAUACGAUAAUUCAUAUUUUUUGAGGAGUUAUCGAUACUUUGGGGAUUACGAACCAAGGUGGGUCGACCAAGAUGAUCUGGUUGAGUUUAUCACAGAGUUAGGUUUGCCCGACCACCGUAUCGACGCCUAUCUCCAGUUCGUCAUGAGCUCUAUCGUACCACAAAAGAACGAAGAAGACGCUUUGGAGGAUAGGAUUGCUAAGGAAGCCGCUUUGAUCGCAAGUGAGAGCGAAUCUGAUAGCUGCAGCGAGCAAAGUUUGGCUGCAGGCUUUUCCAGCGAUGAAGAACUCGGAGAGGACCUUGAUGACCUCGUUGCUUACACUACAAAAUACGAGACAGUUAGGAACCAAACGUUUGAUACCAAGAGUUUAGAAACCACUGGGAGGGGUCUGAAGAAAAAGCUGCUAUUUACGGAGCAGAUGGACUUGGAUCAGGGCAUUCAAGAUGUACUCCAGGAUAAGUUUUCAACGCGGAAGGCCAAGAAGGCCAGCAAAAAACUGGCAAAGCAAGAUUAUAUUUCCGAACAGAAUAGCAACUCGGAAGAUCUCUUCCUCAAGUAUCCUUUCGGGUUCCAUGUUCAAAACUUUAAAGACGAAUUUGAACUGUUUUUGCAGAGAAACAAGCCCUCAAUGGCUUUUCCUCCUCUGGACCCUCAUGGCAACAGAACUCUCAUGAAGUUUGCAGAGGCUUACUUUAUAAAGGGCAAGAAGGCUGGAAAGGGAGGGAAAACACACGUUAUAGUGGAGAAAGUCAAGAAGACCAAGUGGAGUUUCCCAAACUACAAUUACAUUAAUCAACUUAUGGCCCAGCGACCUGUUUUUAUGCGCAUUGAUGUUCGCAAGCCCCGCGAGGACAGGAUACCGUCGGAGAAAUUCUCCGGAAAAGGCAAGUUCCAAGUUAAAGAAGGAGGCAUUGUAGGCGAAGAUGCCCCAGAGAUUGGUACGGACAAUAUAGGAAGAAGAAUGCUAGAAAAGCUUGGCUGGUCUAGGGGGCAAGGUCUUGGGGCGCACGGCAAUGAAGGUAUCAGCGAGCCCAUUUUUGCCAAAAUCAAAAAGAAUAAGUCUGGCUUGCGCCAUGCGUAA